GGCUCCAUUGUUCGCCGGGCGGGCGGGCCCCGCCCCCCUUUGUGCGCGGCGGCCGCGAUUGGCCGGCGCCGGGCGGAGCGCUGCCGUCACCGCUCGGGAAGCCCAUUCAUCUGUGCACUUGGGCGUUGGACUCCGCAUCUUAUUAGCAACCAGGGAGAUUUCUCCAUUUUCUCCUUGUCUACAUAUUUAUACCAACCCAACGCUCUUUGUUUCCCCUCCUUUUGGAUCUGUUGAGUUUCUUUGUUGAAUAAGACAGCAUGGGUGCCCAGUUCUCCAAGACCGCUGCAAAGGGCGAAGCCUCCGCCGAGAAACCUGGGGAAGCAGUGGCUGCAUCUCCAUCCAAGGCGAAUGGACAGGAGAACGGCCACUUGAAGGUGAACGGCGACGCCUCCCCCGCGGCGGCGGAGGCGGGCAAGGAGGAGGUACAGGCGAACGGCAGCGCGCCCGCCGAGGAGACGGGCAAGGAGGAGGCGGCCUCGUCGGAGCCCGCCUCCGAGAAGGAGGUGGGAGAGGCGGAGAGCACCGAGCCGGCCUCCCCGGCGGAGGGCGAGUCCUCCCCCAAGACUGAGGAGGGCGCGACCCCCUCAUCCAGCAGCGAGACCCCGAAAAAAAAAAAGAAGCGCUUUUCCUUCAAGAAGUCCUUUAAGCUCAGCGGGUUCUCCUUCAAGAAGAACAAGAAGGAGGCCGGCGAGGGGGCCGAGGGCGAGGGCGGCGGCGCCGCCGCGGCAGCGGAGGGCGGGAAGGAGGAGGCGGCGGCCCCCGAGGCGGCGGGCAGCGAGGAGGGCAAGGCGGCCGCCGAGGAGGCGUGCGCGGCCGGCAGCAGCGAGGCGGCGAAGGAGGAGGCGGGGGACUCGCAGGAGGCCAGAUCGGACGAGGCCGCUCCCGAGAAGGCGGCGGGAGAAGAGGCCCCGGCAUCAGCGGCGGCCGAGGAGCAGCAGCCGCCUCAGCAGGCAGCGGAGGGGAAGGCGAAGGCGGCGGAGGAGGCGGCGGGCGCCGGCGCCGCCACGAGCGAGGCGGGCAGCGGCGAGCAGGAGGCGGCCCCCGCGGAGGAGCCGGCGCGGCAGGAGCCUCCCGCCGAGAGCAGUCCGGAGGGACCCGCCGCCGAGUCGGCGGAGUAGUAAGCGCCGCCGCCGCCCCUCGCCGACGGACUUUUCUUCCCCCCUGUUUGUUUGUUGGAGUGGUGCCAGGUACUGGUCUCGGAGAACUUGUCUACAACCAGGGAUUGAUUUAAAAGAUGUCUCGUUUCUUUUUUUUCUCUCCCCCCGCAGCUCCCAUCUCAAAUCGUUGUGUGUUGCCGCCAUUCCAACGGGCGGAGGGGGGCUCCCCUCCGCCCUCCUCUCCCAUCCUCUAUAUUUUGGGUUUUUUGGGGCUUUUUUUUCAUCAGUAUUAAUGUUUUGUUUUGGUUGGUUCUUUUUUUUUUGUUUCGUUUUGUUUGUUUUUGGUUUUUUUUAAAUUCGUUUACUUUUUAAUGUCAUACUUUGCAACUCUCUUCAUAUUAUAAAACUUGUGCCGAUCGGUCUAUGGACAUGCCCAUAUAUGAAGGAGAUGGGUGGGUCAAUAAGGGAUAUCAAAUGAAGUGACAGGGGCCGCAGUGGGGAACCCGGGGCGCGCAGCCCUUGCCGGGAGCGCGCCCCGCCAGAAAUGAUGUAAGGGGUUAGUCUUUUUUUUAAAAGAAAGUUAUUACGAUGUAUUUUGUGAGGCAGAUGUUCUAUAAGGUUUACAACACUACAAGUCUUGAUUAAGAAGGAAAGGAAAAAGGAAAAAAAAAAAUAAAAAAUAAAAAUCAAUACCCAGAUAAAGAGAUCAUAGUCUUAGGAAUUCAUUUAAACCAUAGGAACUUUUCACUUAUCUCAUGUUAGCUGUAUCAGUCAGUGAUUAAGUAGAAAUACAAGUUGUAUAGGCUUUAUUGUUUAUUGCUGGUUUAUGACCUUAAUAAAGUGUAAUUAUGUAUUACCAGCAGGGUGUUUUUAACUGUGACUAUUGUAUAAAAAAAACAAAUCUUGAUAUCCAGAAGCACAUGAAGUUUGCAACUCUUUCCACCCUGCCCAUUUUUGUAAAACUGCAGUCAUCUUGGACCUUUUAAACACAAAUUUUAAACUCAACCAAGCUGUGAUAAGUGGAAUGGUUACUGUUUAUACUGUGGUAUGUUUUUGAUUACAGCAGACAAUGCUUUCUUUUCCAGUUGUCUUUGAAAAUAAAGGAAAACUCUUCAGAUGCAAUGGUUUUUUUUUUUGUGUAGCAUCUUGUCUAUCAUGUUUUUGUAAAUACUGGAGAAGCUUUGACCAAUUUGACUUAGAGAUGGAAUGUAACUUUGCUUACAAAAAUUGCUAUUAAACUCCUGCUUAAGGUGUUCUAAUUUUCUGUGAGCACACUAAAAGCGAAAAAUAAAUGUGAAUAAAAUGUA